CCCUUGGGGUUAAAGGUCACUAAAGUUUGAUCAACAACGAAGUUGUGCAUGUUCUGAAUCCUGAAAAUGAGAGUCAAGACCAAAGUGCUCUCGUAGCAAAUGUAAGCAGGUGACUUGGUUUUGUAUUCUCCCCCUAAUCCUAUCAGAGACACAGUGAGAGAUGGCAUCCUCCAAGAAACUUGUACUGACCAACGACAGUAAAAGGAAUGAAGUUCUUCUAAAAGACCGGGUUAAGGAGUUAGAGGAGGAAAUCGUGGGUUUGAAGAAAAGGUUAGAGGAUCUCAGGAAAGCUAAAAAUACCACCGUCCUAAAACGGGAGAGAGAAAUCCUGGAAGUGGGCACUCCGUUUGGAAAAAGGGAUAGUAAGCCUACAAUCACCGCCCCUCCCCCUCCCCCGGCCGCCACCAACAAAGUCCCCGCAGAUUUUCAGAAGAAGUUAGAUGAUCUGAAGGCUCAGCUCGCAGCCGCGGAAAAAAAUCACGACGCCCAGAUAAAGGAAGCGGAGACCAAGCUCUCCAAUGUACAGGGAAACAGUUCUAAAGAAAUGGACGAUUUACGCAAACAGUUUGCUAAGGAUAUGGAAGCUGUAAAGAAAGCAAUGGAACAGGAAUUGGAAUGUGGUCAUCAGCCAAUCAUUGAAGCUUUACAGCAUCAGCUAUUGGAACUACAGGCAGAUAACUCAGCCUUGUUAAUGGAGAAUAGCGAUCUCAAAGAUAGAGUUAACUCCCUUGUGACGGAGCUCAGCAUCAAAGAGGCGUCAUGGUGUGAAGCUGAGGAAAAACUCAAAAUUGAGUUAAACAAACAGUGGGGUGAAAAGUACAAGGAGUGGAUGGAGAAGACCGAAAAUAAAAUCCGGGAACUUCAGGAGGCCAACACCAUGUUGAGGACCUACUUCAACAGCCAGAAACCAAAAGGACCCGACCCCACAGGCCAGGACAAGUGAGGGACCGGGUCAGGGAUCAUUGUCAUGCCGACCUCCUAGUCAGCUAAUAAUCAAUUAGUUUAAACGAUAUUAAUCUACCGAUAGUGGUGCUAGGACUCAAUAUUUAUAUAUUGUGUACUUAACAUUAUGAGUGGGAAACUGUUCACCAUAAUAUUUAAAUUACAAGGUAUCAUCUGUUUGUACUUUAUGCUUUCAUAAGUUUUCCAAUUGACAGGAAAUCAUAGCAAACAUAUCCAGAGAUUUAGAGAAAGAAAAUUAACAGCAGGGUAUUUUGUGUAUCUCAACACUCUUAAUAAGAGCUCAUACAUAGAAAAUGUGGAGAUACAUGUAUCAAGUAAAUUUUAGCUCCAUGCCUGAGCUCUCAAACUUUAUAAAGGUGGUUUUCUCUCUGAAGAUCUUAUUGUUUACCUUUAUCUUAGACACACAGAUUUGAGCUUGUGAUAAUAUCAUAAUCCAUCCAUAUUUUUCAAUAUCU